UCAUCUUAUCGUAUAAAAUUCGCCCCUUUUGCUAUGUCUGAUAUAAACUUGCAGGACAUUUUUGAUAAUUUCUAUUAUGUUCCUAAUGAUUACGAUAAUUUGGAGAGUAUAGCCUUUGCUAAAAGUUUUACGUCAGAGAGUGUUGUAGGAAGCAUUGGAAGCGAUAAUAAUGCAUUAAAUUAUGAUAUAGAAAUGCCCUUUCUUUUUAAUAAUGCCAAUUUUAAAAAAGCAAGAACACUUAUAAAAGAGGACGAAAAUAAUGAUAUAUUUUUAUUAAAGAUAUCAAUGAUAUCGAUACUGAUACCAAAGUAG